AAACCGGUGGACCAGGAAAGCAGACCAGCGCUUUUGGAAGUUUGAAGAAAUUGACACACAGUGAACGGGAUGAAGAGGAAAGAAGAGAGGGGCGGGAAUAGAAUGGUGAAGGUGGGAAACAAGCGAGCAAUAAAGAAGGUUCACUUUGGCCUCAGAAGGAUAAGGUAGGUAGGUAUCUUGCCGCUCUCCCAUGGCGUAAGGUAUCUCGCCGCCCACACACGCAUGGCCUUUCUCAUGUUCUGCUACUCGGGAGGGGUCGGAUCGACUUGGGUCCUUGCUGGGGAUUGUCUGCGGCUAGCUUUCUUUCCGUCGUCGGUUCACACGGGAGCCCACAAUGCGGGUAACAAGAUUACGCUCGACCCCAAAGCUUCAGACCCGGCAGGGGUACAGGGUACAGUAAGCAGGAGUUUGCAAUCUGGUGUUGGGUGCUGGUAUCCGUACUGGGGGAGGAGUCCAGGGCACGCCGCAAGCCGCAAUAACUGCAGCGCUUGCCUGGAAGAGCGUGUGUGUGCGCGCACGCGGUGCGUAUCAUGGAAGACGGGAAGGGGGAUCUAGCGGGCAAGCCAAGUCAAGUGGUGGAUGGUACCCCUUGCCAAUGGCGUCAAGGGGGGUGCAUGG